UAUACUCUUUUAAAAGUGCGAGAAGAUACAUAGAGAGAGAAGCAGAUCAAAUAAAAAAGGGAGAGACAGAGAAGAGAACUCGUUGGGAGAGGAAGGAAAAGUUGAAAGAAAAAAAAGGAAGGAAAUGUUAGGUAGAAAGAUAGAUUGACAGAGAAGAGAGUAGAGAGAAAAUAGUGUUGUUUUCCUAACAGUCGAGUUCUUUGUCUUUGCCUUUUCUCACUGGAAAAGUUGCUGGGAGGAGAAUCGAGAGAGAAAGAGGACACGGUGAAUUCCAGUUAAAAUGUAGUUGUUGGAGAAGUUGAGAAGAUAUUAAUGUGAUCCAUAGAGAGUAUGCAUCAUCAAAGGAAUUAAGAUCAUUAACUGUUAAUUCUGAUGAUAAUGCACCUACUAAAAAUAUUUAUGCUCGACGGAAAGAUAAAGUUUGAACAAGCUUCAGAAAGUUCGUGUAGGCAAAGGUUUUAUACCACAUGACACAAGCAGUAUACGAGAAGCACUUAAUGAAUUCAUCAAAUAAUUUGGAGAUUUUUCGAUAAGGAGUCCCGUCGGGGAUACUAAAUUGUCGGCAGAGGGAUUCAUUAUAAGGAGAGGAGAUGGAGCGUCCGACAAGCACCGCCAACCUUCCCCACGAUGUUUGGACUUUAAUUGCCGCGAAGACCGUAACACAAUCCGUCAGGGACUUGUGCAGUCUCAGGAUGUCGUGCACCGCUGCACGCAAUGCAGGGGAUGAGGAUUUUGUAUACCGAUGCGCCUCGAUUCCAAUUUUGGACCAAUGGUGGUGGAGUGUGAGUCCCAUGCACCAGCAAGGAAGGAACUUCUUAGCACGAUGCAGGCAGAGCGGGCACUUGGAAAUUCUGUUUCGGGAUGCUGUGUCUGACCUUUUUCUCGGCGGGUGUCGUUUUGCGGGGAUGGAAACGAUGCACGCCGUCGCAGCCCACGGCCAUUCAGCUGCCCAGUACACAGUGUCAAUGAUGCUGAUGCUAGGUGAUGACGUCGAGGCAAAGAACAAGGGCUUGGAAACAUUUCGUGGGCUUGAGGCAGCCGGUUCCCUAACAAUAUGCAAAUUGGUGUUUCGAGAUGUUAUCCAAGGGUCGUGGACACAUCUGCGUCACGUGCCAGUGCUAAACGGAGAGAAUCUAGUUUGUGUUUCGCAUGCAUGUCCAAGCCAUGGAAACAUGGGUGCUAUUUACCAUCAUCAACGCUAUGGAAGAGGGUGGCACGUAAACGAUGGUGAUGGAGGUGCUGCUCAUAUUCCGUGUGUGCAUUGUCGGGCAGACUAUGAGUUGAUCCUGUUUGUCCACCUCUUUGACUCAUAGGAUAGGAGUGAGUUCACCUUAUAUUUUUAGUUAUCUAAUAUAUGUAUUAUGUAAGGAUUUUGCUAUUUGUUAUUAUGUAAUUAUGUUAUUAUAU